CUCCGAUUCCGUGUCAUAAAAUAUUUUUUUCCCUUCCCCGAAAUUACAUUCCGCUAUUACAACACCCUUACCAACGUCAAUUCUUUGAUAACCUGCAACAAUGGGCCGCAUAAAGAAAUCAACUCGCAAGUUCGAAGCGAAGCAUCUGAAAAAAACACUCGAAGAUAGAAAGGCUCACGUAAAGGUAAAACAACGACACCAACUCGCUGAGAAGCGCAAGAAGCGAGUGGACGGAAACGCCGACAAAGAUGCGGAGGAGAAGGAAAUAAAGAAGUCUAAGAGAAAAGAUGACGAUGUGGAGCUAUUCGAGGAUAUGAGCGUCGAGCAAUUCUUCCAGGGUGGAUUCGAAGCAGAGGAGAAGGAUAAUGGUGAGGUGGAAGAGAAGGGGGAGAGUAAUGAUGAGUUGGAAACUCACAGGGCAGAUUUAUCUGCGCUUGCGGAAAAAGACCCAGAGUUUUUCAAAUAUCUUCAGGAGAACGAUUCCGAAUUGCUGGACUUCACGGCGGCAGAACAGGAUGGUCGUUCUGGCAUUGACAUUAUGUCUGAAGGCGAGAGCGAAGACGAAGCGCCCAAGAAGAAAAAGAAAAAGAAGCCUAAGAAGAGUGAAGGUAAAGAGCUAGCUCAGAACGACAUUGCAGGUUCGAGUAUCGAAGUUACAUUGAGAGAUGUGGAAACUUGGAAGAGGGCACUUGUGGAGGAAAAGAGUCUACGUAGUCUCAAGAAGGUGGUUUUGGCAUUUAGGGCUGCGGUGCAUGUUAGCGACGUUGGUGACAAUGAUAGUGGGUGCAAGUACACCAUUACUGAUGCCAAUAUUUAUCAUGAACUCUUGGUUUUGGCGCUAAAACAUGUUCCUGAUGUACUCAACCAUCAUCUACCAGUGAAGGAGAGCGCAUCGGGGAAGAUUCGUAUUGCCAGCGACACCAAAAAAUACCGCUCAAUGAGCCCACUACUCAAGUCUCACUCGGCAUCCUUGCUUCACCUCCUUCCUACCCUUACCGACGCUCCGACUCAAAAGCUACUCCUAAACUCUACAGUUCCUUUAGUCCCAUAUUUCCUAUCCUUCCGAAAAUUCCUCAAGGCGUACAUCAAGGCUGUCGUUGAUAUCUGGGCUGCAAACAGCUCAGAUGAAUCUACAAGAAUCACAGCGUUCUUGGUUGUCCGCAGAGCUACUGUGAUUGGAGAUGACGGGUUGAAGGAGAUGUGUCUUAAGGCGCUUUACGCCGGAUUUGUUCGUGCUAGCAGACAAACAAGUGGAUAUACUAUGCAGGGAAUUAACUUGAUGAAGAACUCUGCCCGUGAAGUUCUUGGACUGAAUAGUAUGGACAAAGUCGGGUAUUCUGCUGGGUUUGGAUAUAUCAGACAAUUGGCGAUACAUCUGAGAAACAGUAUUACCAAUAACUCAAAGGACUCUUACAAGACUGUCUACAACUGGCAAUACGUCCACUCCCUCGACUUUUGGUCCCGUGCCCUUUCAGCUCACUGCGACGGAUUCAAAGAAGCUGAAGCGGGCAGAGAGUCCCCCUUGCGGCCGUUGAUCUACCCAUUGAUCCAGGUAACCCUCGGCGCCAUCAAACUCAUCCCAACGGCUCAAUACUUCCCCCUGCGCUUCUACCUCCUUCGCUCCCUCCUCCGUCUCUCAAGAGCAACAGGAGUCUACAUCCCCCUAGCCUCCCUCCUCUUUGAGGUCCUCUCCUCAACCAUCUUCAAGAGGAAGCCUAAGCCAUCGACCCUCCGCCCCCUAGACUUCAGCACAACCAUCCGCGCGCCAAAAUCCUACCUGCCAACAAAAACCUACCAAGAUGGCGUUGGCGAGCAAGUCGUAGAACUCCUCUCGGAGUUCUUUGUCCUGCACGCCAAAUCCAUCGCUUUCCCCGAGCUGGCCAUACCAGCCAUUGUCCAUGCCAAGCGCUGGAUUAAAAAGUCCUCCGUAGUCAGCCUAAACAACGCGCUCAGCGUGCUCGCCGGGAAACUAGAGGCGAAUUCAAAGUGGGUGCAGGAGAGGAGGAAUAAGGUCGAGUUCGCGCCCAACAAGACUGACAUGGUAGAUAAAUUUCUUGACGAUGUUGCGUGGGAGAAGACCCCGUUUGGGGCGUACGUACUCUCGCAGAGGAAGGUGAGGGAGGAGAAGAGGAAGAUUGUUGAGGAGAGUCUUAGGCAGGAGAGGGCGAGGAGGAGAGGUGGGGAUGGUGACAGUGAGAGUGGGGAUGAGGAGGGGCAUCUUUCGGUUGAGGAGGAGCAGUCUGAAGAUGAGGAUAUGGAGGAUGUAGAAGACGAAGAUGAGGGUGCAGACGACUCCAAUGACAGUGAUGCUUGAGUUUGUAACAUAGUGGGAGGGGGACAACGAAUAGUAGACUAAACCAAAUUUGGCGUUUGCCAUCAAAGCUUUGGUCUGUUGUUCGUCGUCCCCUUUGUUCGUUGUUGUUCUCCCUACCAUAGUAGAUAUCUAUACUAAUAGUGCCUAA